UCGAGGAUUGACGACAUCGAGGAAAACCUCGGGAAGCUGGAGAUUGCCGUGAACGAGAUACAAGAUUAUAGCUACGCCUUCAACAUAAAAAUUCUCGGAGUCCCUGAGCUAAAAGCUAAUGAAGACGCCUCCGAAACCAGUAAUCUUUGCGUUAAUCUGUUCAAUCACAUGGGCGCUAACAUUACUAUUAACGACAUCGAUAUCGCCCACAGAGUCCCUUUUCGUGACUCUUCUCGCUCCGACCCCAAACCAAUCAUUUGCAAAUUCGUAAGGAGACUCGCGAGAAAUAAUGUCAUGGCGGCGAGAAGGCAUGCCUCGAGUGUGGCGGCUCGAGACGUUGGUUUAGAAGAGAGUCAGGACAUGUCCAAAAUAUUAAUCCUUGACCAUCUUACACCGAGAAUGCAGGAGUUGUACGGUAAGUAA